AUCCUGAUUUAACGUUGAUGCGCAUGUCUGUCACAGUUGUUUGUUUUCUAUGGACGUAAAUACACUGACACUAUAACGUACUGUCUGAUCUGAUGAAAGAUUCUGGUCUGUGAGACAAAAGCUUGCGGUGCAGCCUUCCAUGCCUUACGAAUGUGAUCAAGGCACAAGAAAAGUGAUGUCAACGGUAGAUUCACUUUUAGAUCUGAGCGCUGUCAGGGUAGCUCAAUAUGUUGACGUCUACAGCGACUGUAUCAGAACUUUGCCGUGUAACGUGAAGGACAAGCUGAUUCGAAUAAUGACGUCUAAAGGCACGGUCACCGAUUUAAAUAUAAGACAGGUCCUGCAUGAAGGAAUUCGCACAUUACAACUUGAGAACUGCAAGGUUUCAGACUCUACACUUAAACAAAUCCAUUGUCGGCAAUUAAGGACUAUAAUACUUAGAAGAUGUAUACACAUCACAUCAGAAGGUCUCAAGGCCUUGGCAUCCCACUGCCCAUGUCUUCAAGUAGUUGAUCUCACUGAGUGUCCAGCUGUAACUGAUUUGGGAGUCCAGGCUCUGGCACGUAACUGCAAGUGGCUAGAGGUUAUUUCUCUCGGGAGAUGCACGGCAAUCACUGAUAUAGCCUUGAUUGAACUAGGAACCAACUGUAGGUUUCUGUACAGCAUCUAUUUUUGUGGGACAGAGGUCACUGAUGAAGGUGUUAUUGGUCUUGCAACUGGAGUGUGCUGCCAAAGCCUAAAGGAGUUACGAAUGAUACGAUGUCGUAAUUUGACAGACAAUGCUGUGGCUGCUGUUCUUUCAAAUUGUGUCAACAUUAGGAUAUUCAACUUUCAUGGAUGUCCUCUUAUUACAGAUAGAUCCAGGGAAGCACUCCAUAACUUUAUUGGGCCAAAUAAGAUCGAGCAGGUCUCCUGGACUGUGUAUGAGUAAGUGUGUGGUUCUGAAGGUUCUGAACCAUCUGAAACAUUGUACAGCAGUUUCCAUUUACGCAAGUUUCCAUUUAAAGUUAGUCAUAUUAUUUCAGUACAUACAUGUAGAAAAGAGGUAUCAUUAGGUACUGGGGAACAAAACUUGUAAAUUAAGUUUUGUUUGAAGAAAUCAAAGAAGGCAUAGUUUCUACUACAUUUUUCUGAAGACUUCUGAAAAGCAUAAGGCCUUAUCUAAGGCCUCCUUAGAUGUGUUCAGAGCUGCUGAACAGUGAAUUUCUUUACUUAACUGUCUAAAAAAUUUGAAAGCAAAUAACAGAUAAAAUUGCCAUCUUAUGUCAGUGUAGAUUUGAUCUAAUUUCAGUGAUGUGGAUAUGUCAUAUUUGCUAAUUUGAGAAUUUUUGCACAUUUAUCUACUCUAAUUCAAAAUUGUAUUUUGGUUUUGUAUUGAUAUUGAUGUAUUAAAAUAAUUAUUAUUUAUAAUGUCUAUAUCUUAAUGGAUGUAUUGGUAAAGAGAAAAAGGGCCAUUAAAAUAACACAUUUAUCAAAUGGAUCUUGAAAUAUGGCAGAAAUCUAACAUUCAGUCAAAGUAAAAGUGUUGAAACAAAAUUAAUAAAUAAUAAGGGAAUAGUUUUAUCAUAUUCUAAUACAUUACGGUCCCUUUAUCUGAGUCUUGAAGAUUUUAAACUCUUAUACUAUUGUGUGUGUAUGGGAAAGUAAUUUAAAACAUAAAUCAAGCAACCACUAUAUACAAAUGGGGUCAUCAAUUAUGAAAACAAAUUGAAAUAUGAAGUUAGCAAAAAAGCCUAAGGAGUUCAAAGAAUUGUUGAAAAUGGUUUAAAGAACUUAACGUUUGACAAGAUUCAGUUGGAUAUUUUGAUUAUUUAUGUGAUAUUUAUGCUUAAACUAUCUCUUGUAUAUAUUGAAACAUGGAUUUGUGACCGUUUGUACUCCUGAUCUUAACCUCAGCUAAAACUGCGUCUGAUUUCCUUUCUUUUGUGACCACAGAACCUAUUUACACCUUGCAUUAACAUGUUGAUUGGAUCACAUUUGGAUUUCACUGCAGCAUGAAAUGAAAACCCAGACGUAAACACAUCUAAGACGCAUUGUGAGCCGAUCACUCAAACCACAUUCGGAGGUGGUCAAAGACGAAUCUUGAUUGCAAUUAAUACAAGUGUAAACGGAAUAAUAAUUAAUUCAUACAAGUGCAAACGUAAAUACAGCUGCCCAACAGUCUUCGACAUCGCAGACGGGGCUGACAAAGAAUUUUAACCAACAAUUCGCCAAGUAUAGCAAGCUAGCUAACUUGGAUAAUGGUAAACAUUAAUCGGAACAUAUUUUUAAUUAGCGAUAACAUUAUUAGCUAAUUUAAUUUAGAUAACGAUAAGCCCACUUAUGUGGUUAGCAUUACAAAAAGCCGUUCGUAAAAUGGAUUCACUGUCUUUUGGUAAAAAAACAAAAUUAGUCAUAUUAACCAAAAAUGUCAGUUGUUUAAUUAUUCUGUAUAUAUACAUGCUUUUCAUCAACUUUUUUCGCUUGGCAAACACCUCCGCCCACCACGAAGCUUCUGGCCCGCUUUGCCCAACCAGGGGCUUGUCUGCAGGGCUGCAGCUGGAUGGACGAUUUCUGAUCGUAUUUACACUGGAAAUAGCCCGCAAGGAACUUUCCAGGAAAAAAAAAUGGAAACGGUGUGUAAAUCCAGAUAUGAAACACGUUAAUGCAUGGUGUAAACAGUGUCAACAGGUUAGAAACCUAAAAGUAGACAACAUCAUCUGUCUGAGCUGUGUGCCCUGCUGCAAAUGUAAUGAAUCCCUGUAUCCUUUUGACCUUUGUAUCUGUUGGCAUAAAUAAAACGUGCAGAUUAAGAGCG